CUCGCAGCCGUUUCCUCUCUGCCUUGCCAAGCUGAGCUCCCCGCUUCCAAACGCCAAAACGCACGGGGGAAAGCAUCCGCCGUUCGCCGUCGCCGGGGAGGUUCGGGCCGUCGCGAUGGUGGAUGUGGAGCACCGGAUGGCGGGCAUGGCCCCGGCGGCGCACGCGGCCGGCCUGCGCCGCCUGUCCACGCGCGCCGCGGCCGGCCCUUCCUCGGCGUCCGCGUCCCCGCGCCACGGCCUCUACUCCUUCCAGGGCGUGGCGUCGUCCGUGCUCUCGCACCUCCGGGCGUCCGGGGUGGCCAUCCUGCCCGGGCUCUCGGAGACGGAGCUCGCCCGCGCCGAGGCCGAGAUGGGGUUCACCUUCCCGCCCGACCUCCGCGCCGUUCUGGCCCUCGGGCUGCCGUCCGGCCCGGGGUUCCCGGACUGGCGCUCCCGCGCCGGGCUCCGCGCUGCGUUCGACCUGCCAGUCGCCGCGGCGUCGCUCCAGAUCGCGAGGGGCGCGCUGUGGCCGCGGUGCUGGGGGAAGAGGCCGGCCGACCCCGAGCGCUCGAGGCGGCUCGCUCGCUCCGCCAUACGGCGCGCGCCGCUGCUCGUUCCCCUCUUCGACCGCUGCUAUCUGCCCUGCAGCCCCUCCCUCGCCGGCAACCCCGUGUUCUUCGUCACCGACGACCGCGUCCUCUGCUGCGGCCUCGACGUCGUCCACUUCUUCACCCGCGAGUCGUCUUUCCAGCCGAUGGACAUCUCAUCCCAGUUCGCGGCGAUGCCCUCCUCGGGCACGAGCACGCCGUGCACGCGCCGCAGCCUGGACGCCGCCUGCGGCGGCCAGGCCCCGCGCUGGAUCGAGUUCUGGAGCGACGCGGCCUCGGACCGGCGCCGCCGCGACUCGUCGUCCUCCGAAGCCUCCACCGCGUCCACAUCCUCGUCAGGCUGCUGCUCGCCACCCCGGAGGUCGACGCCGCGUUGGGUGGACAACUACCUGGACAAGCUCGGAUCGGUGCUCAAGAAAGGUGGCUGGAGGGACAGGGAGGUGGACGAGAUGGUCGAGGUGGCCGCGUCCGGGAUGUUCGACGGCGAGGACGCCCCGCCAGCUGCCGACGCGGAGGCCGUGCUCGACACACUGCUGCUGAAGACGGACCGGUGCUCGGACUCGCUCCGGCGAGCCGGAUGGAGCUCGGAGGACGUGUCGGACGCGCUGGGGCUGGACCUCCGGCGGUGCAAGGAGCCGCCCCGAUCGGCCGUGCGAGUGCCUCCAGAGAUCGCCGCCAAGGUCCAGCGCCUUGCGCGGACGGUGGCGAGGUCGUGACCUGACCUCACCUCGCCGGCGUCGGCAGUUAAUCUCAUCUUUUCUUCUUUUCCCCUCGAAGGAGGGAUCGAUCGAUUAAACAACAACACUUGUAUGUUACUGCUACUAAGUGAGAAAAGUAAACUGGGCCAUGUUCGUGUGCAUGGACACGCACGUAAA